AGUAAAGUCGUUUGAGUGAGUCGCUCCGACUUCGACGAUGCACUUUUUAAUAUUUUAUGUAUUUUAAGAUUUUCUUGACUCAGUUUUAAUUUUAUUUUGUAAGACUAUGAAGAUUAAGUAGAGUUAUUCAUUAGAUUUUGCUACAAAUAGCUGCGUAUAGCUGAAAAAUUUCGUCAGAUUUACAGUCGUCAUAAUGCUGAGCUUUUCUCUCGAAAAGCGGUCUCUGAAAAGACCCAGAUUGGGUCCACCUGACGUGUACCCGCAGGAUCCUAAACAAAAAGAGGAUGAGUUGACAGCAGUCAACGUUAAACAUGGCUUCAGCCUGUCUUUGACGCUAACCGAGGAGUUUGGAUCAGCGCGCAACUGCACUGUAAGUGCCUCUAAGAUAGGCACCUACUUAAACAGCAUCCAAGCGAAGAAAGAAGAGCUGAACACACUGCCUGACACAGCCAAGAGACGGCCGCAAGUGAACACCAAGGACUCGUUCUGGCCUGCCACGCCGAGGGUGAAGCCCCAGGUUGAUUCGUGGUUCAAAGACCUGGCGGGCAGCAAACCCUUGUCCAAUCUCUCAAAAAAGGCGCCAAAUUUCAAUAAGCGGGAAGAAAUUUUCGGGUUGCUGUGCGAGUUCAAAGUUCCGUUGGUGCGAGCUACCUGGUUCAUCAAGCUCAGUUCUGCAUAUGCUGUGGCAGUCACCGAGGCUAAGAUGAAGAAGCGGCAGGUCCCGGAUCCAGCUCAAGAAUGGACUCAGAUUUUGACCAAAUUCAUGCGCGAUCAACUUACCAAAUUGCACGACCUUUACGGCCCUCUAAACACGCCCUCCGGCACCACCGCCGUCGUCCCUUCACCGUCCAGCUUACCAUUGAUGCUGGACGAUCAGAAUGCAGUACAGAAACAGUGGGCCUACUGCGUCAACCUGUGCAAGCACAUGUACGAAGAAGGCCUGCUUGAGCGGCAAGAGUUCCUCACCUGGGUGCUGGAGACGGUUGAGAAGUCUGGCACGCACGAGGCAGGAAUGCUCAAGUUUGUCCUGCCACUCACGCUGCAGUAUCUGAACGAAUUCGCCCAGUCUGAGCUGCUCGCAAGGAAAUUGAGUUAUUUGGCGUGCCGCCGAUUGAGCCAAAUGGUGGCUGAAGCCACGGGACCAGCGAGCCCUCAGACCAAUUCCAUGCAGCCCUCCCUCAGCCAGAUCAAUGCAGCCUUCAAGGAUUAUAUCAGUUGUAAACACCACCGCAGUGUAGUCCUCACCUUCUCUACCAUUCUACAGACCGUCGCCCUGGAGUGUCCCACAGCUCUGGUGUGGAACAAUUUGGGUGAGCACAAGUGUCCACCAGCCCUGAAUGGCUCCCCUUUGGACUUACUGCCUUGUCCACUUUUUCUGUUGCCAAUGCCACCUCGGCCAGAUAACCCUACGAUCAGGAACCAGCUUAAGGUUGCCGAAGGUUUUAUAAGAAACCGAAGCCGAGCGGCAGAAGGCCGAUGGUCAUGUGACAAAUGGCAACAGAGCAAAGCAGGUAGUGAAGCCAGUAUUUGCACUAAAGAGUUGAACUCUACGAUGCAAUCACCUCAAGGGACCACAAUGAGUAAGGUUCUAGCGGCCUUGGAUGCUCUGGACCGGUAUAGUUUUGACCGAAUGGAAACAAGCAACUUGGAUAGCCUUUACGUUAAAGUUUUUCCAAAUGUUGCGCCUCAGUCUGUGACUGAGCAAAAAGAGAGGCAGGAAAACCCGGUCAAUCAGGACGCACCAAUAGUUCAGCUCUUGUGUGAAUGGGCGGUAUCGACAUGUCGGUGGGGUGAACACCGUGCCAUGGCUGUGGCCAAGCUUUUAGAGAGGCGCCAAGCUGACUUAGCUCAGGCCUCUGAGCCUGCAGACGUACCUGACGAGAAAGACUCAGUUGACUCAAGUAAUGGUGGCCCGCCACAGGGUUUACCCAUCUUCCAGGGCCUCCUGAUGCACUUUUUAGACACAGAAGCACCAGUUUUAGAAGAUAAUCCUAAUGCAGCCAACAAAGUGAUGUUUGGCAACCUGGUUCACCUUUUCUACGAGUUGAUCCGCAAUGAUGUAUUUUCUCAUGAUGCUUACCUCUGCACGCUCAUAUCGCGCGGUGACCUGCUGACAGGCCCACCUGCGGCACAGACAGGCCAACAACCAGCCCAGAACAAAAACCAAGGCAUCGGCGAAGAUGAAGACUCGUCGCUGUUUGCGGGCAUAGACAUAAAGCCUGCUCAGGUGCGCGGCCCGCUUCCUGACUACGAUGACUCCAAGAUCGACGACGACCUUGACAAGCUGCUGCAGCACAUCAAGGAGGAACAGCAGAACAGCCUGGACGCACCUGACUCUCCAAAGGAUGACGUUCCUGCUCCGUCUUUGUCCACUGUUGGCGGAAUUGGAGGUCUGGACGAUACGGUCGAUGGAAGGGAGGGACGUCGCCAGUCCAGACAUUUGAUUUACACUACGCACUUUCCACUUCCUCCGGACGAUUCAAGCAGUCAUGAUUCAAACCAACGACAUGUUUUGCUUUUUGGUGUUGGAAAAAUGAGGGAUGAUGCCAGGCAUGUUGUGAAAAAAACUGCCAAGGAGAUUUCUAGGCUGUUCAGCAAAAAGUUCAGCAUUGAUGUCGGCGAAGGCGGACGAAUUAAAAAGCAUUCUAGGGGAGAAUUUAACUUUGAGGCGGUCACCCAAAAGAUGCAGGGUCUUUCGUAUUUUGACCAGCAUGUGAUCAGCAUGCAGUGUGCAACCACUGUACUUGAAAUGUUGAGCUCUUUUGCCUCUGGCUCUUCGAAUUAUCUGCCAGUGCAGGAGCAUGUUGCCUUUCUUUUUGACUUGAUGGAGCUCUCCCUCAACAUUUACGGCCUCAUAGAUAUCUGCAUACAGAUAAUCAAAGAGUUGCCUGACGUGGAGGCUCAACUGCAGUUACGAGGUCCCACCCUCGUCCGCAGCUACACCACUUCUCUCAGUCUCUACGUGGUCGGCGUCUUGAGACGCUAUCACUGUUGCUUACUUUUGAGCCCUGAGCAGGUUUCAUCAGUUUUUGAGGGCUUGUGCAAGGUGGUCAAGCACGUUUCCAACCCUGGAGACUGCAGCUCAGCUGAAAGGUGCAUUUUGGCACACUUAUUUGACCUCUACUCAAGCUGCGCACCCCUGAAAACCAAGCACUGUGAGCCCUUCAGCAAUGCUUACCCAAAAAUAAGACAGGCCAUGUAUGUGCGCUUGAACCCAGCCGCGUCCAGCUACCCUCUCAAUAGUCAAUUCAUGAGUGAUGUCAUCGCAAAUCCACGCCGCGCGAGCCAAAACGGAGCGACCAAUUCAGUUGCUGCCUCGCCCGCCGUUCGCCUGGAACCGCACUGGGCGCGCCAGUUGGCCGAAAGUCCAGCUAACCGCUACAGUUUUGUGUGUAACGCGGUCAUAGCUGCGUGCAGGGAAAAGGACAACGAGAGACUCAACGACCUGGCGGUUCUCUGUGCCGAACUGACUGCCUGUUGCAAUGCACUUGGACCUGAGUGGCUGGGUGUGCUCAAAUCGCUUUGUCCUCACGAGACAAGCAACACUCCCUUCUACCCAGAUGUGCAGAGGAUGGUGGAUGUUACUGACUUGUCAAUUCACACGUCUCUGGCAGUGUUUACCUCUAUUUUAAUUGCGAGGCACUGCUUUUCGCUGGAGGAUUUUGUGGUGAAUGUUGCGCUUCCCUCUUUGCUGACAGCCAGCCAAGGAAAAGAAAAAGUAGACUCAAAAGUAGAAGCUGGGGCGAGGCUGACAUGUCAUUUGCUCUUGAGACUGUUUAAAACCAAUGAAACACCGCAACCUGCGUUAUACUCAGUUGGUACGUCGCCUCAUCCCAUGGCUGCAACUUUGCAGCAUUUUAACAUUCGACUGAGCUGUGACCGGCACCUGCUGGCGGCUGCGCACAACAACAUCAACAUAGGAGCCCUGUUAGCCGUUCUCAAAGGCAUUCUGGUCAUGGGUGACGCCACUGCAAGGGAUUCAAAGGGCAAGAAAGACUCGGUUGGCCCUGUGAGCAAGUCAGUAUCUGUCGGCAGCUCUGGCGAACUCAGCAUCAGUCACAUUUUGGGCACCAGCGACCUUCUUGGUGCCAAUGACGAUCCCCUACUUGACGUUAGUGGUCAAAGGUUGGAGAAGGCCGGUCUCUCAGAGUACGCACAACAUGUGUUACAACAGAUUUGUAGCCAGGAGUGGGUGCUUGUGCGCUGUUUGCAAAAUCCUGAAAACCUCUGCAACCCAGAGAUGCUGCUUGACAACAUGCUUACUCCAAAACAAGCGCAGAGACUGCUGCGAAUGAUCUGCUACCCUGAGAACCCAGCUGCCGCCUCUGACAACCAAGAGCAGCCUCAGGUCAUCACAAGAAUCUUGGAGAACUUGGAUCAAUGGCGUUUGAGAAUGUCGUGGUUGGACCUGGAGCUCAUGUACAAACAGCUGUCCAACAGCACUGAAUUGUCCACCUGGCUGGACACGGUGGCCAAAGCAGCCAUUGGAGUUUUCCAUCUUUCAGGCGGGCCAGAAUCAACCGACCACCCAUCGUCUUGCUCAUCAAGUUCGUCAUCAUCGUCCAGCACGUCUUCUCACCAGGCAAAACCGUCCAAGCACAGACAUGAAAAACCCAGCAACAAUAUCUGGCUGGUGGCGCCUUUGGUGUCGAAGUUGCAGGGCCAGGUGCAGGGACGCGUGCUGAAGGCAGCCGGUGCUGUGCUGGAGGAGAUCAACUGGAGUGCCGUGGCGCGCAGCCGCGGCCGUCCGUCUGGCGCCAGCCACCUGCUGAGCCACCAGCCCUUCCUCUCACUUGUGCUGACAUGUCUUCACGGACAGGACGAGCAGCGCGAGGGACUUCUCGCAUCGCUCCACUCUCAGCUCACCAUGUUCCUGAUGGCCGCCAAGGACGAGCGGGCUGCCUCCAAGGACGGUCAGACGAGUGGCCAAGCCAGCAGUGAUGCUGAGCCUGGCCGCAGCAGGUGCGAGGGCGGCGCCAGGGGCGCCGACGCGGCCCUCAUGCAGGAUGCCCUUCAGCUCAGGUUCAGCCUGGUUGGCGGCAUGUUCGACACCAUCCAGCGCAGCACCAGCUCCACCACUGACUGGGCCCUGCUUCUGCUCCAGCUCAUCGCUCACGGAGUUAUCGACCUGCACAACAACAGUGAGCUGUUCACCACAGUUUUGGACAUGCUUGCAACUUUGGUCCACUCAACUCUUUUCACUGAUGCUCAAUCUGAGAAAGGAGAAGAAAACCGGAAGCACUAUCAGAACUUAAUGAAGAAACUUAAAAAGGAGCUUGGGGAUAGACACUCGCAGUCGAUCACCCAGGCGCGCCAGCUGCUGCCUCUGGCCAAGCCGAUGUGCGAAGUGAUCACUUGCGAGCCCGUCGGCUGCAUCACUGACACCAAGGGCAACAAAAUUCAGGGCUUUGACUCAAUAGACAAGAAGCAGGGCAUGCGUGUGCAGGAGAAGCAGCGCAUCAGCCCGUGGGACCUGCUCGAGGGCCAAAAGAACUCGGCACCGCUCUCUUGGGCCUGGUACGUAGGCGUUCGCGUUGAGAGGAAGCCGCUUUGGUUCGAGGACACGCACCGCUUGCUGCGUUUCCACACGCACUCACUGCAAAAACCCGCAUCCUACUACCUUGAGCCGCCCCCGCUGCCCCCAGAGGAUCUCAUCGAUGAGCCGCCUGCUGAAAAGAAGAUUUGUCCAUGUGUGCUCUGCAAUAAAGACACGAAAGCGGACACACCGAACUCGACGGACCAAUCGCCGAGGGGCCGGCGUAUGAGCAAGGCUGCGAGGCCAAGAAGAAAUAAGAAGCCACCACCAGGUCAUCCAGCCAUGGCCGCCCAAGCUGCUGCCGCACAAGUUGCAGCCCAGGCUGCUCAGCAAGUCGGCGUUCCCCAACAGCAGACACAGGGCAUGAUGGGAAUCCCCCAGAUGCAGGGUAACAUGGGUCAGCAAAUGGGUUACCAGGGUGGCAUGUACCCUCCUCCGCAGCAGCAGGUGCAGCAACAGCAGCAUCAGCAGCAGUGGUACAGUCAACAGCAGCAGCAACAACAACAACAACAGUCGCAACAGCAGCAGCAAUAUUUCAACCAGCAGCAGCAACAACAGAUGCCGCAGCGGGCCAACUUUGAGCGCGCCAACAUGCCAUCAAAGCAGGCGUUGUCCAACAUGCUACGCAUGCGGCAGCCGCAGAACCAGUUCAUGGGCCAGAACACUAACUACCAGGCCAUCCAGCGCCAACAGUUGGUCAGGCAGCAAAUGCGGCCCCAGGGGCCCGGCAUGGCCCAAGGCCCCCUGCAGCAGGGCCAGCAGCCAGGCAUGUUUCCCAAUCAGCAACAACAGCCUCAGAACAUGAACCAGGGAUACCCUCCUAACAUGCCACCACAAGGUAUGGCCCAGGGUGCCUAUUAUGGCCAACAGCAGGCCAUGGGCCAGGGCCAAGUGAUGGGCGGUGGGGGCUUUGGACCCCAGGCAGCCCAGCAGCCCCAGAACUACCAACAGCAGCAACAACAGCAACAGCAGUUGGCGCGGCAGCAGCAGGAGCAGCUGUACAUGCAGCAGCAGCAACAACAGCAGCAGCAGCAGCAACAGCAGCGGCCCAUGGGCCCUGUUAGACCCCAGCAACCCUACAUGCAGCAGCAGCAGGCCCCAAACGUGACCAUGAACACGAUGGGCCCCAUGGGUCAGGCCCAGCCCCAAAUGCAGGCCCAAGGGGCCCAGCAGGGAUACAAUCGGGGCAUGCAGAUGCCAAACCAGUUCCAGCAGCAGCAGCAGCAGCAACAACAGCAGCAGCAGCGAAUGCGCCAGCAAAUGAUGUCCAUGCAGGGCCAAGGCCAGGCGCAGCAGCAGCAACAACAAAAUCCUACACUGAUGGCGCAGUUGCAGCGGCAGAUGCCUCAGGGCCAGAUGGGACAGCAGCAGCAGCAGCCGCACAAUCCCUACCACCAGCCACCACCAUACUAAUUCCAAACCUUUAAAAAAUCUUAAACAUAAGUGUGGAGAGAGGGACGGUCGAUGAUAAUAAACCAAAUUUUAACUUAAAACUCAAAUUUAUUUAAUCAUCCUCAUUCAUAAUUCCUUGAUGUCUACAAGUGAGGCUUUUCACAAAGUUUCUGGUUUCACGAUGUAUUUGUUGAAUUUUUCUUGCAAGCUGAACUUAAUAAUUUUAAAUUGCGGAGUUGGAAAAAGUCGUUUGUAGGCGGAAGCGUUUGUUAGCAUCAGAGACGAAAUAAGGCUAGUUAAGAUUUCAGGUUUUUCUCUUUUAUCGGAUUUUGACUUAAAAUGCACAAAAUCAAGACUGGUGUUUGUGUGAAAUUUAAAUUUUCAUUAUGAGGCCUUCAUGACCGGACGAGGGCCGAUCUGAUUUUUUUAUUUUCCGUAUUACAUUUUUGCCGCCUUUGGGUGGAGGAAAAACGAGACACACCGAACUCAGGACCGAAAAAACUCAGGCUCCGGCCGUCCUUGGCAAAUGGAAAUCGGACCGCGAUUUCAUGAGCACGAUUGUAAUUUACAGGGACCAGGUUGCUUCUCA